GAGCUGGGCUCGGGCCGAGCCGGGGUCCCUGUGCCCGCCCCCGUCCCCGCCGCCGCGAGGGUGCCCUCGAGGCCCCGGGGACUCGGGGUGUUGCUGCCGGCGUGUCGCGCCAGGGCGGAGUCCGGGGCCCGCGACUGAGAACUGGAUACUUGUCCAUGGGCUUCUGGUCAUGCUGUGAGGCAGGACGGCUUCUGGUGUCCUGUUCAGAAGGAUUCUGAGGUCAAACGCUUUUCAGACUCAGACUCACUAUGAUGUGGGAUUCCAGGGCAAUGCGGUUUUGAAGAAACAAGCUUACAGGGAUGAGGCUCUUCCUGAAGGAUCUGUGUUUGUUGUUCAAAACACAAUCAGAAAGGGCUUGCCGCCACGACGGGCUGCCUCAUCUGACACGAGUCGCUCUUCCUGGAACCCUGCCUGGGAAGGGUGUCGUCUGGUCGGGAGUGGAGGCCCGGGGCGAGGCCACCCGUUUCCCCGCCGCGUGGGACCUGUGCGUCCGUCCUCGCUCGCUCGCAGCUCCCGGCUGCAUGGCCCACGUGUUCGUGUACGGGACCCUGAAGACGGGCCAGCCCAACCACCGGGUCCUGCUGGAGAGCGCCCACGGUCGCGCGGCCUUCCGGGGCUGGGGUCGCACGGUCGAGCCGUACCCGCUGGUGAUCGCGGGGCAGCGCAACAUCCCGUGGCUGCUGAACCUGCCGGGCCAGGGGCGCCGAGUGGCUGGGGAGGUCUACGCCGUGGACGAGCAGAUGCUGCGCUUUCUGGACGAGUUCGAAGGCUGCCCGGACAUGUACCAGCGCACCCGGGUGACAGUCGCUGUUGAGGGGGCGGGCGGGACCCUACAGUGCUUCGUGUACAGCACGGCCACCUACCCGCCCGAGUGGGUCCACCUCCCGUACCACGACGAUUACGACUCACAGGGGGAGCACGGGCUUCGCUAUAGUCCGCGGGAAAGCAGAUGAGAAGUGCGAGGGGAACGGCCGCCCGAGGACCGAGAGCCUGGUGGUUGGAAGAUGGCCUCACUGGUCCGCACUCACUGAAUGCAAAAGCCCGAGAACACCCUUUGAAACAAACAUUUAUAAAUCUCUAUGGGGGGUGGGGGGGUGGGGCAGCCGAUUUCCCAAAUAAUUCUGACAUGACUAAUAACAAGAUUGUUUCCUGAAAUCUGUCUUGCUGAUGCUGCUUUAUUGCUUGCUGCUUAAAGAGCAUCAUGGGCUUGAACGUACUGGAUGAGAAAAACUCAGAAUUUUAAUUCCCCUAAAUGACAUUUUGAAAACUCAUGUUACGCUUUUAUUAUGUUGGUGUUUUUUGUUUUUUCCUUUGCUUUGCUUUAGUUUGAAGAUAACAUUUAAAAUGAAUAUAAAGACUUUGUGUGGCAGCUAGAUUUUAACAGCCCUGCUCUAUCAGUUCUGCCUGACCUGUAGCACUGAGAAAUUUUUUUAAAGUUGAUUUUAGGCGUCUCAAUGUAAUAAAAGAACCUCAAGAAAAACACGCUGUAUUUUAGAGUACUUCUGAAUAUAUAUAACAUCAUUCUUCAUAAUUUUCAGAUCAGGCUUAUUACAGAGAUUAUUAAAGAUCAUUUAAGGUUAAACUAGAUGUUUUGGGAAAUCAAAUAUUAAAAGCAUUGGUGCUA